CUAAUAAAAUGCAUUUUAAAAAUUGUGUUAUAAUAGUGUUCACUGUUAGAAGCGGCCCUCACUUUGACACUUCUGAUAUAGUGGAACUUAUCAGCACUCCCUUAAAAUAUAUAUUUUUAGUAUCGCCAUGUAAAAUAGAGGUGAGUUAUGAAAGAAGUAAUAAGUGAGUUGUGGAUUUUGGAACUUUACAAAUAAAGCGUCUGGCAAAAGAAAGGUCUCCUUGGUUAAAACUCCUUCAAUCAAUAUGACCUUUAUUUGUCAUUACCCCCAUCCCUCACACACACAAAAAAAGAAAUCACAUAUAACGUAGUCAAUCAUCUCCCCCCUCAAAGUAAAAAUAAAAAAGGAACUGCUGUCUGGUUAUUGCCAGUAUCCAUCUCAGUCGUCAGAAAAGCUGCACGUUUUUGCUGUUGUUAAGGGCUGGAAACCCCGGAAUCCCAUCGGAGUUGCACCCCAAGGAACAAAUUUAAUGCUAGAAAAACAUCCCGGCCAUCAACCAAAAAUGACGGAUUGAAAAUAAUGUCGAGCUAUCUUGGGAAUCCCCCACCAGACAAGGGAACAGACUGCAUUGUUUUUCUCAUUUAUGUGAUAUAUAGAAGGGAAAGAGGGGGGAAAAAUGGGCGAUUUAUUGGCUAGAUAGGCGUAUUCUUUCCCAUGCACCCGAGAAAUAUUGGAUUGUAAUGUCGGGAUCAAGCCACAUCAUGACACUGUUUGGAGGCGAGAUGUUCCGACGUGUAAGCCGCCAGCGAGAUGAUGGCCUGCUCGCUUUCCGAUAGAUCACUCCAUGCAAAUGUGCGUGUGGAGACGGGCGAAGGAGAUGAGGGAUCGGAGGGAGAGCGGCUGCACUCCGAAGACCAUCUCCUUGCUGAGUCCCCUGGGGAAGAUCCAAGUCAGCGGAUGUGAGAAUGGCGUGCACACCAUCCAGAUCCUAAUGGAUGUCGCACCUGCUGAAAGGAGCGGCGAGCCCCCCCCGAGCUGCCGCGUGGUCAGCGGCGCCCCGGCGGAAACCAACCCGGAGUUGCGGCGCUGCGUGCGAUGGCUCCAGGCGUACUUCAGCGAGCCGCGCGGCGCUGGGAGUCUCCCGCCGCCGCCCGCCUUUCACCACCCGGCCCUGAGAGCAGAUACCUUCACCAGCCGCGUGCUGCACGUCCUCCUGAGCCACGUGAAGACCGGGGAGACGGUCUCCUACAAGCGCCUGGCUGAGAUGGCGGGACAGCCCGGAGCGGCGCGGGCGGUGGGAGGAGCCAUGAGGAGGAACCCGAUCCCGCUCAUCAUCCCCUGCCACCGAGUGGUCUCCAGCAGCGGCCGCAGCGGCCCCUACAUGGGCGGCCGGGGAGACCACCUCAAACUAUGGCUGCUGGCCCACGAGAGGCGGGCCCAGGAGGACGCAGCGAGGUGUGAAUAUUCCACUUAAAUACAUUGUUCUAAUCUAAGAAUAAAGAUGCUGCAUUUUUAAUAUGGAAUAUUCCACUUAAAUACAUUGUUCUAAUCUUAGAAUAGAGAUGCUGAAUUUUUAAUAUGGAAUAUUCCACUUAAAUACAUUGUUCCAAUCUAAGAAUAAAGAUGCUGCAUUUUUAA